ACCCUUGCUCCAAUAAAAUAAAAAAUCCACACAGCAUUUUCAGCGAUAUUCAUUUUUUGUCUCUCAGCAAUGUACCACUCAUCAUCAACCAUGAAAUCUCAACUCCGGCCACCGCGUCCCAUCCCAAAAUCUCCGAUGCGUCUUCGAACUCGAACCGUUCUUGACUCCGCCUCUCUUCAAACUCCACCAGGUUCUUUAACCAAAUCUCAGAAACUGGUUCGAUCUCCAGAACUGAGACCUGAAUACCGCACAAUUGCUUGUGAAUUUAGGGCUUUAUCAAGAAUGGUUAAUGAGGAAUUUGGAAAGCCAGAUCCUGAAGAAAUCAGAAUAACCAAUUCUUGUAACCCUAGAUCUGGUGUUCUAUUUGAGAGAGGAAGAUUCUAUGAUGAGUAUUCUGCAAGAAGGAACGAAAGACUCAAGAGAAAACAAGGAGUGAUGGUUGAUGAUGUUAAUACUACUAGUAUUAAGCAACCUAAGGUGCCUCAUCGCGCUCUUGGCGUUACUGUUGAAUCUGGAAAGAAGAGUACUACUGCAAGAAAACUUGGAAGUAUGAGAAAAUCUGUUUCUGCGGCUUAUUCGGCCGAGGUUAGUGAGCCGAGGUAUAUGCUUAGAAGUAUGACUAAGGAGAAUAAGAAACCUCCUCUAGGUGGUGGUUCAAGAUUUGAUAAAUCUGUUACUGUUGGUGAGAAGAAGGUUGGAGCAUCAAGAAGAGUAGGAGGAAGAGUUUCGUAUUAUUAGGGUUUGUUUGAUAUUGAGAACUUGAUUUAAUAUGAUGUAUGAGUUGAAUCUUGUUCUCUGUUAAGUAUUCUGUUACUUUUUACCCAAUGGAAAUUGAUACAUUUGAUACAA